AUGCGGUUAGAGCUUUUGAAGAAGUUAAAAGAGAUUGUAUAUCCGGGAAGCACUUUUCUUGUUGAGCCGGAGGUGAAGCCCAAAACACAUCCUUGGGAUCAUAAGAAGAUCAAUGUUUCUACCUGUCGUGACCCAUGUGCAUUUGAGUUGGUGCAAUCUGGACAUGAUUCCUUCUCACAUAGGGACACUCAAAUCACUACAUUAGCUUCUACUCUGGAAACCAAGAAGAAGCGACCUGUUAAGGAAAAGGAGAAGGUGAAUGCAAAAGGGAAGGUAUACAUUAUUAGAACAGUGAAACCUGGUGCAUAUGUUGAUGCUUUCCCUUCUGGGUUGAAACCAUACAUUAAGUUUGUCAAGGAUGUAGCUGCAGAUGGGAAUUGUGGUUUCAGGGCUAUAGUUACUUCAAUUGGUCAUACAGAAGAUGACUGGGCUCAGGUUAGAUGUGAUCUGUUGGGUGAACUGCACACACAUAAAGAGGAAUACAUUACAUUUUAUGGGUCCUACGAAAGGAUUAAAGAAUUGACAAGCAUAUUGUCAUACUUUGUAGACAGUCCUAGAUACUCACAUUGGAUGAGUAUGCUAGACAUGGGGCAUCUUGUUGCAUUGUCCUACAAUCUUGUGUUAUACCACUUGUCAUUACAGCAAUGUCUCACCUUUUUACCUCUUAGAACAGUGUCAGUACCUCAACUUGAUAGACGUGAGAUUGCCAUUGGGUUUGUCAACGGAAAUCAUUUCAUCCAGGUUUUGUUGCAGCCAGGCCAUCCAGUUCCUCUUAUAGCCACUAAUUGA